UACAUAUAUAGCAGAAUGACGAGACUGCUAGCAGUAUACAUUACUCUCGCAUUUAGCCUCUUUCUCUAUGGCACCGAGUGCAACAUCUCAUUCUCCACAAAUGGAGCUACAAGCAACUCAUACAACAAGUUCAUAAAAGCACUGCGAGCCCAACUCACAAAUGGAGCGGCCAGAAUAUAUGAUAUACCUGUCCUGAACCCAUCUGUGCCGGACUCACAACGCUUCCUCUUGGUUGAUCUCUCUAACAAUGGCAACAACACCAUAACCGUGGCAAUUGACGUGGUGAAUGUUUCUGUUGUGGCUUAUCGCACACGUGCAGCUAGAUCUUACUUUCUUGCUGACGCUCCUGAUGAAGCUUUGGACAUUUUAUUCAACGAUACCAGAGGGUUUUUUCUUCCAUUCACAAGCAACUACAUUGAUCUUGAGAAAGCCGCAGAGAAAUCCAGGGACAAAAUCCCAUUGGGACUCACUCCACUACAUAACUCCAUCACCAGCUUGUGGAAUCAUGAGUUGGAAGAGGCUGCAGCGUCGCUACUUGUGAUCACUCAAACGGUCUUUGAAGCAGCAAGGUUCAGGGUCAUUGAGCAGCGAGUUCGCAACAGUAUAAGCUCCAAAGCUAACUUUAUACCAGACCAUGCAAUGCUGAGCUUGGAGAACAAUUGGUUGGCUAUCUCUUGGGAGACACAACAUGCACUUAAUGGAGUCUUCAGUAAGUCCAUUCAACUUCGCUCUACCAACAACAAUCUUUUCCUUGUAGACAGUGUUAGUUCAAGCAUCAUGGCCGGUGUCGCAUUCUUAUUCUACAACUGCCAUGCUGUGACCUUUCCCAACAUAAUCAAAAUGCCUGUUAACGUUGUGAUGGGCAAGGAAAUUGACAAUGAAAUAUGUGCGGUACAAAACCGCACAACACGCAUAAGCGGUCUAGAAGGAUUGUGCAUUGACGUGAAGAAUGGUCUCGACAGCGAUGGGAAUCUAGUCCAAAUUUGGCCAUGUGGGCAACAGCGCAAUCAGAAGUGGACAUUCCAACCAGAUGAGACGAUCCGGUCAAUGGAAAAAUGCAUGACUGCAUAUAGUACUUCUAGCCCUAAAAAUUAUGUCAUGAUAUACAACUGUACUACGGCUGUUCCGGAAGCGACUAAGUGGGCAUUAUCUACCGAUGGCACAAUCACACAUCGUCGCUCCGGACUUGUUCUCACUGCCCACGAAGCUACGCAGGGUACCACCCUAACUAUAGCUACCAAUAGCCAUUCUCCUAGGCAAGGUUGGAGAGUGGGAGAUGAUGUGGAGCCCACAGUGACUUCCAUUAUUGGGUAUAAUGACAUGUGCCUUACUGCCAACGACGAUAAGAGUCGAGUAUGGAUGGAGUAUUGUGUGCCCAGCAAUAAUCAACAACAAUGGGCACUCUAUAGUGAAGGCACUAUCCGAGUAAAUAGCGAUCGCACCCUAUGUGUCACAUCCAAUGGUCACAACUCAUCAAAUGUAAUCAUCAUACUGAAAUGUGAAUUAAGAAGGGGCGACCAGCGUUGGGUGUUCAAGACAGACGGUUCCAUUUUAAACCCUAAUUCUGAAUUGGUUAUGGAUGUGAAAAACAGCGAUGUGUACCUGCGAGAGAUCAUUUUGUAUCCAUACUAUGGGACACCCAACCAGCAAUGGCUGCCGUUCUUCUAAUUAAGCGGCCGGCUAGAAUGACUACACUAAAUAUGUUCAGAUGAACCCUAAAUAAGUUUCGAUGUUCUUCAUCACACUAUUUUGUCUUGUAUCCACACAUAUGUGUGUAUUACUAAACUAUUCAAAUGAGACAUUUCUAGGUUUUUCAUCACA